AUGAACUCGACUCUAUCUGCUGCAGAUCUAAGCUUCGCCAUUUCUUUCUCUGCGGUUGUCUUAGUAAAUCUCCUUGGAAACGGAUUAGUCUGCCUUGUUGUCUUCCGAUUCCGUGGGAUGCGAGCACCGGUCAAUUACCUUCUCGUCAACUUAGCUGUUUCAGAUAUGAUGAUAGCGCUAUUCAUCAUUCCAGAUUACGUGGUAAAUUGGGCUUUUCGACACCCUCAUGGUAACACAGGUGACUAUCUCUGUAUAUGGCUAACUGGCGGUAACUUGAUUUGGGUUGGAAUGGCAGCAUCCACUUCUUCAUUGGUCGUGUUGUCCUUUGAGCGCUAUUUUGCGGUUAUCUACCCCCUCGACAAACGCUGGCGCCUUACUAAUCAACGAUUGGCAGUUUCAAUUCUCACUGGCUGGCUCUAUGCAAUUAUUUUCAACUUGCCUUUGUUUUUCGUGGUGAGGCAUAGCGAUGAAAAAAUACAUUGCCCUGAACUCUGGUCAAAUCACGAAAAAUUGCGGGAAGCGUACACACUUGGGUGUCUGUUCGGGUUUGGUUUAAUUCCGAUGGCAAUUAUUGGAUUUGUUUACUUUAGGAUUCUACGUAAGCUCUGGAAAGGACGACGUGUCCGUGUUACUUUAAUCUCGGACCAGGUGCGAAUCCGAGCUAUUCGGAAAGUGACCAAAAUGGCCAUAGUCGUAACUAUAGUGUAUGGAGUCUGUCGGUUGCCAAAUUUGGUGCUAUACGUGUUGCAACCGUUUGAGUCGAUUUACGAUUAUGAUUCGCCGUCAUACAUCAGCACAGUACUGCUUGUGGGCCUCAACUCAGCCAUGAAUCCAUUCAUUUACGCCCUUCAUAGUGCACACUUCCGCCAUCACAUCAAGUUGGCUCUUCGUUGCAAUCAAUUCCAGCCAGCAGAUUAUGUUCCAGUCCCACCGUAGAACUGUGAGGAAACCUUCUAAGGUCUUCAGUUCAGUUGGUUAGUGGAAGUCUGUUAACCACAACUCAGUGACUGACUGUCAAUAUUGGAGAAAUAGCCAGUAGCGAAUGAACACUGCACAAGUACGGAAAAAAUUUCGAGCGUCUUAUUUGUGAACCACCAUGAAACAAAGAUAACUUACUGUUUUUAUUCAGUUCUGUAUUAAUUAUUUUUUUCUUUUGUGUCAUUUAAAAGAUGUUAGAUGUUGUAUGAAAGAAGUAACAAAAAGACGUGCAACAUGCUUCUGGCCGUAAUAUAAUUAAAUUGAAGUUUUAUUUUUCCGAAAGUAAACGCUUUUAUCCUCACUUGAAUCGCACUGAGAUUGAACCAUUUGACAUUUCUUCCAUGAGUGACCAAGACAGAAUCUUUCCUCAUGAUAUUGAUAUAAUAUCAAGCAGAUCCUCGUGUAGGGGGUCAUUAGUUGAUCCAAUACCAAAUUCUCUGAACUAACAUAAGAAUUAUAUAGCAGACAGUGAGAAUUACAAACGAGAUCUGGGAAUGAAAGGGUUGAAAAAGGAAACGAUGAGACGAUUGUGACUCCUGCCGCUUCAAUCAGACAUAUCUAUCGUAUUAAACGUUUUCGGAUGUUAAGUAUCGCUGAGUAAUUUUACGAGUUGUGCCGUAUUUUGACGAGCCGGCAGGGCGAGUCGAAAUACAAACAGCGAGUAAAAAUACACAGCGACACUACACACCCAAAAACGUCUGAUAAGUUAUUUAUUAUCCAACUGUUUUUUUUUUUUGUUUUUUUUUCUGCUAUUAAGUCUUUCUGUGCUUUUCUCGUAAGGCGGGAAAAGCAAAGCGGAUAGUGAAGCGUAGCGCGCGCAGCCGACUGGUUAAACAGGAUUUUUUCACAGAACGAAAUAACCCAGAGUCCAAAUAACCGGACAACAUCUCAGGAUAUUUGCACUCUAUUCUCCCGUUAUUUGUAGUCUAUUUUGUGUAGUUGGAUAAUAAAUGAUAAUUAUUCAGGCAGUUUCAAUCUAUUGACCGUGCACAAGAAAAACAUGGGACCGUGUAGGAGUGCUCAUGAUAGUUGUAUAGAUGAAAAUAACAAAAUAUAAAAACCCCACCCAUAAGCUGAUCAAUCAGUCCGUUUGAGGGAGAAUGUAAGUCAAUCUUAAUUAUUUAUACCUUACAUGUCAAUCAUAUUCGGGAGUAAAGGUUAAAGAAACCGGAAUAUGAUGCCUAACUUUAGUCACGCUCGUCAACUUAUUGUCACGCUAUUACGACAGCAUGCCUUAUCAUGCGUUGAAUAUGUAUCUUGCUUGAAUCAUGCUUGAACGGUCAUGCUUGAGCAGUCCUGCAGAAAUCGAAAUUGUACAUUUUCUAUCCUGAUCGAAACAAGGUAAGUGUGCAGUAACUUAGCUAAUUAACAUGAGUACAUCGCUUAGAGGGAACAAAGUCUAAUUUCCGGUCGAACAGCACGUUUAGUAAAGGAACUUAUCGGCCCAAAUCACUGUGCUCAUUACAAAUUCAUACCAUGUUUAUCCGCUUCUUCUUCGCUGCAAAAACUUCGAGUCGUUCAAAUUUCGAAAGAAGAUUAAGUGUUGCUCAUGGCGUACAGUUUUGAGACAAAACUAAAGAACUUCGACGUGUCCAUCUGCUACAUAACACGUAAGACACUUUGCUAUCGUAAUUCUUGUAUAAUUUAAAUGUUCAAACUUUCAAUCCGGUAUUCCGACUUCAAGCACAAUAACUGUCAGAAUCGCUUGGCUCUUUCCAAGUCUCAUAUAGAAGUAUGAUUAGACAAUUUGUAAUAUAAACCGGAAACUUAAGGAGAAACAUCAUGCUAUGGAUCAUAAAACAGCGCGACACGACAAAAAUAUCCCAAAAGUAACACUAUUUCCGCCUUACUUGAUUGCGCUCGGUUGUUAAGAAUAUGACUAUUGUUAAAUCUCGUCAGCUCAAAGCUCAAGUUUUUGUCUAGCCCUCUCCUCUACAACUCGUAGCAUAGGUACUUAGGUACGGUUUCGCAUACUUCCUCUCGAACGAGUCUUCACUCAAACCAGGCUGUCAUCUCCCAAAUUAAAUAGAGCAUAGCAGGGAAUUCCGAGAACUGGUAUUUUUCACCUUCACAUGAGAACAUCUGGUUGUUUUGCGAUGGAGCUGUCUACCUAGUGAAUUGUUGUAAGCUCCGGCGACUGAAGUUUCAGCGAGAUUCGCCACUUUCGAGACUGGUGUUCGAUGAUCCAAAAGUAAGCUGUGACAUUUCAAUUAAUUUUUGUGGUGUUAUUUAAAGUAACUUGUGAUUAACAGCUACAUAAAAUAUCAUUAACACAUCGUUAUUACUUGUACAAAUAAAAGUUGUCUGUUCGGAUACACGCGUGAAAUUUCAACCUUAUUGAGCCUCACUGUGUGGUGUGGUCAGCAGCACAAUUCUUCAUGUAACUCUGCAGGAAGAGUCUUUCACCGUUUGUGUUUGGGGCAUCCACUCUCUUUUUUUGCUUUGGUACGAGGUAUUUCCAUAUCGUGAUGAGGGUAUGAAUUAUCUUGUUUUUCGGUGUAUUGACACAAGACAACAAUCCGAAGAAAUUAUAGUUCUUUGGCAUAAUUUUACAAUUUUAAAAUAUAGUGCAAUCUCGUGGUGAAGAUGGGUUCAGAAUCCUGGACGGCCUUAAAGCAGAGUUCAAGCAACCUAUCAAUGAAAAGCUGAGACUUCAAAAAGGUCCUCCAAGAAAAUGUUGCUUACGAGUAUCUUAAAUCAUAAAAUACAUCAUUAAGUCAUGAGCUUGACGUGUUUUCUAAUUCUUACCACUUUAGUCGGCCGAACAGGAAACAUUUUGUUUAACGUUUUUUAUGCAAGCAAAGGCAAGCGAGAGACGAACGCGAAGAAAGUGCGAAACAAACGCAAGAAAAGCGCGAGACGAGCGCGAGGAAAAUGCGAGGCGCACGCGCAGAGUAAGACUUCAGCGAGGGGUAGGGGGGAAAUUGACCUGAUAGACGCCAAAAAUAAGGCCUGUUCUGCAGGUUAAUUAUUACCUCUACUUUUGCAGUUCUGCAAGGUCACACCAUGACUUCUAUGACGUCACUGGACUUGGGUCUCACCGUUGCUUUCUCUGUGGUGGUUAUAGUGAAUCUCGUGGGAAACACCGUAGUAUGCCUGGUUGUGUUCCGAUACCAUGGAAUGAGAGCACCGGUCAAUUACCUUCUUGUGAACCUAGCGGCCUCAGAUAUCAUGGUGGCGCUUUUUAUCAUUCCAGUUUACGUCAUCAAGUGGGCGUUUCACCACCCGUCAGGUACUGCAGGGGAUUUCCUGUGCAAGUUUAUAACUGGAGGGAAUUUCAUCUGGAUUGGUGGGGCUGCAUCAGCAUUCUCAUUGGUAGUUGUCGCUAUUGAGCGUUAUUUCGCUGUUGUUUACCCCUUUGGCGAUCGUUGGCGACUUACAAAUCGUCGAUUAAUCCCAAUUGUAAUCAUUGGUUGGCUUUACGCCAUAAUCUACAACCUGCCCCUGUUUUUCGUUAUUCGAUAUGAUAAACACGGCUUAACUCAUUGCCCGGAACACUGGCCGAAUGAACAUCUGGCGAAAGCUUUCACAAUUUCUUGUUUUUUUGUUUACGGUGCUAUUCCCGUGGGAGCCAUGGCAGUUUUAUAUGUAAAGGUGCUCUGCAAUCUCUGGAAUAGAGGAAAUCCCAACAACUUAGGGGUCACUGAGCAAGCGCGAAUCAGAUCAAGGCUGAAAGUGACAAAAAUGGUUUUCGUGGUGAGUUUAAUGUACACAGUAUGCUGGUUACCUAACCUGGUGUUAUAUAUGUUGUCUAAGUAUGAGCCAGAAGUGUAUGCAUAUGGCUCAGUUCCUUAUAUCAUAUCAGUAGUACUCGUUGGCGUCAAUUCAGCCAUAAAUCCCUUCAUUUACGCUCUUCAUAGUAGUAACUUUCGCCAACACAUUAGAGGAACCUUGUGUUGCAGAACAUUUCGGUCAGAAAAUUUCGUUGAUUCUAAACUCGCUGCUUCACUGUAA